AUGAGUUACGGGGGCAACAAGAACAAAAAGACGUUCGAGGACGUGGAGCUUCCCACCAACCCCAACCUUCCCGUUUGGUUGAUCACGCCCAAGGAAGAAAAGUUGAUUUUCGAGCGGUGGAGAAAGAAGGCGUUUGCUCGUUGCGAUGAUUUAAUCCAGGCCUACGUCAAGUGCUCCAACUCGUACAAGAAUCCCGUGGAGGGAAUGAGAAUGUGUGACGAGGCCAAUAAGGCUUCGAUGGGAUGCGUGGCAAAGUAUCAGAAGCAGGAGUACCUCGACAUCGAGAGAGAGAUUUUGAUCGACGAGAAGAUUGUGAAGAAGAAAAAGUACAAGGAGUUCUUGAAAAGCUUGGAGGAUGAGAAGAAGAAGGCAGUAUGA